AUGACGUCCCAAUCCAUGGACAUCGCCGUCCUCAGCAAGGAUCAAAGCCUGGCCUUGGUCAAGAUCUUCCUCAAUGCAUCUCUUGCCUGUAUCUGCCAUACCCGAGAGUUGAUCAAUUGGGAGUCCGCAUGCUUCCGCAAACGCUAUGUCGACCACAUCUCCCUCAAAGGCGACAGUGUAUAUGAAUCGUUCUGCAGCUCAGACCCACCCAGCCCUGGCAGCUCUCAAGAGAUUCGUGUUCUCGCUCGUGGUCAUGACCACAGAGCUAAUGCUCUACUCAACAUGAUCGAACGUGGCGUCUUCCGUGCCAUUGAGGAAGCGUAUCUGGACGUGCUUCAAGUCUUUAUCACUAUUCCGGCAGGCAAAUCACAAAGUAUUCAAGAGACCUACACCUACAGCUUCACAUACUUCGAAAAUGCUGUGGCAAGCGUUGAGUGGAAAGAGCAACAGCAGUUCCUGUCCCUGGCGGAUGCUCAGCGCAGCUUCAAGACCGCCAUCCGAAGCCUCCUCAGGUCUAUCCAAGACCUUCCCAGCCUUCAAGACCAGUGUUCCUUAGGCAUGAGCAUGGCUUACAACGACAGUUGUCCACGAAAGUAUGAGCCAGAGGGGUUUAUGGACGCUUCAGACGACCGCAUCCUGGCCGAAGACUGGGCGAAACUAUGGGAAGAGCCUACAGAUGGGACUAGUGCCUUCGAAGCUGCUCAUCAUAGUGUUACGAUCGCUGCCAGAAAUCCUACCAGCAGCCGUCAAACCGCAUCACAGGUCAAGGAUACCGCGAUCAGUCGGCAGCUUCAGCAACUACAGAAGACAUCGUCCGGACGCCAUCCAGGUCUGGUGUCAACACUGCCAUUACCGGCGACUCCCUACAAACAGAACCAAGAGGUCAUACGCGAUGCUCUUGUGACUCCAGAUCAAUUGAUCGAAACCAGAUCCACUCGCAGUUCUACACGACAAAUCCACACCAGCCCUGAGGAGCAACAACGUCCAUCAGAAGGCAUAAAUUCGGCCGCGUAUGUCCCUGCAGCCCAGCCUGCUGCCAACCCACUGAGAGGCUUGACUAUCCAAUCUGCAAAUCGGAGGAAGCGCAAUAUCAUACCAGAGAAGAUGGCCAAGGUUAUCGUUCAAGCACAUUGCCUGGACUUCGAAGCAGAAGAUGGACUGACGUUCUUCGAUUCGGUCCAGCUCGACCGGGGUAUUCUGUACCGCAUUGAUCGGUCGACGACAGUGUGCUGCGACUGCGGAGAUCAGCAGCAACGUGGUCUGAUGGUAUAUUGUCACCUGUGCGACUCUUCACAACAUGCAGUGUGCUAUGGGCUGUCUUCCUUAAGACCCCGUUCGCGCCCUGACCAGCAUUUGUGCUACUCGUGUCUCCUGCUUCCAGAGGAUCCAGACAAAGUCCAGGGAAUGUCUGUCAAUGUGCAUAUACGACUUGCUUUGACCUACAUUGCGGAUCUCCAAUACAACACGUUCAUCGCGAAAGACCCAGGAUUCUGCGAUGCUGUGUUCGGUAACGUCGAAGACAUCGACUUCUUGCGACAGCGCCUCAUAGAGCGCUUAGUCAGAGAGAACAUUGUCGCUGGCGAUGUCAGUGACAAGCUCGUCAUUCUUGCGCAUGAUGAGGAGGGGCUGAACCGCCUUCGGAAUGAAUACCUCGAUCCGUUGGCGAACGUUGCGCAUCUGUACAGAUUGACCACCAGCAAGAAUGAGAACAAAACACUCGAAGGCGAGCUGAGGGCGUACAGUGGUGGGCGUGAAUACAAAUUCGGCGUUGGCGUCGAGGACAAAGUGUUGUACAACUCCUUGGGCGAGCCAGUGGUGUGCUGGGGUUACUUCGCUGAAGCGGACGGCAACAACAAUAAUAAAACCAUCGUACAGCAGUCGAAACGCAAGGCAGGAGGUACUAAUGGCGGACAUGAGCCAUCUCCACGCCGUCGAAAGAUCAGCAUCUCCAGAGCCUUCAUCGCGCUGGAUCGAUCAACACCGCUUCACGAAGACUGA